AUGGCGUGCGCCUUUAAAGGGGUCGAUGCCCCUCGUCUGUAUCGCGGGAAUGAUCUUGUGCAAAAUUCCACACCACCGUCCGUGAUGUGCAACCAACGCAAUGAUGAUGACCUCGGAGCACUGAUGCUCACUUCCGGUGGCACUGAUUUCUCCAAGGCCGUGUGCCUACGACAACCGCAGAUGCUGACGGCGGCAGCGGGCAAGGCUGCACACUGUAGAGCCACCUCUCAGGAUGUGUUUCUAAGCUGGAUCGCGCUGGAUCAUGUGGUGAAUCUGGUUGAGAUGCAUCUGCAUGCCAUGCUCCUAGCGGCAGACCAAAUCCAGGUGGCCACGGAGGAGGUAUUGAAGGAGCCGCGCCGAUUCCUCGACUUCGUCGACCAGCAUCGCGUCUCUCUAAGCUUCGCUCCCAAUUUCUUCCUCGCCCUCUUAUGCGAACGGGUGUCUCAACCGGACUUUUCAAGGGAGGUCCCAAAAUGGGACCUUUCGUGCCUGCGCUGUGUCUUCUCCGGCGGAGAGGCUACCGUCCGCCAGAUGGCGGUGCAACUCACACGCGCACUACAACCGUACGGGGCUCGACACUUCAUCCGCGCGGGGUACGGACUGACCGAGUCGUGCCCCGGGAUGGUCUGGGAUCUAGUUGAUCACGACCUGGACAGCCUGCACGAUGCUUCUGGCGAGUUCCUCUCCUGCGGCUCGACCUUUCCUGGGGUACAGAUGCGCGUGGUGCGUGAGGUGGAUGGCGUGAGGGCAGCCGUGGGUGAAGAGGGCAUGCUGCAGUUACGUGGUCCUGUCAUGUUCAUUCGGUAUUAUCGCGAUCCCACAGCCACGAGUGCCGCCUUCACGGCGGAUGGGUGGUUCAUCACCGGAGAUCAUGCCUUUCUUGACGAGCGCAGUCGGCUCUAUAUCACGGGCCGGACCAACGACACUCUGCUCCUCAACGGGCUGACCAUCUUCGCCGUGGAGGUUGAGUACAGCAUUGAGCAGGCACGAAUUCCAGGCCUCACACCGAGUUACACCUUGGUCUUUGCCCACCGGCCUCUUGGCGCUGUUACCGAGUCGUAUUGUGUGGUGUACUUUCCCACCUACAGCCCGGACGACGAUGAAGCUCGAGCUCAGAUGACCGAUGCCAUUGAACGUAUCGCCCAGCGCCUCUUUGAGAACGGCACCCUCGACAGUGAACGAACCUUGCAUACCGCUCGCUUGCAAGCCUACCGCCAGGCCCACCGACAGCCACCCUCGUCCCCAGCUGAAAAACCCAUCUUGGAUCUGGUGUGCACGCGCCUGGCUGUCGAUCCACACGAUGUCAGCGUCACCACCAACUUGUUCCAGCUCGGCCUCUCCUCCCUCGACUUCUAUAACAUCACUCAAGAUAUACAUCGGACCUUUGACACUCACCUCACUCUUCCAGAUCGGCUCGCUGAUCCCACCAUCUCCGGCCUCGCCUGCCACAUAUCGACCUCCGUCGGCACUACUAUGAACGCAGGAUAUGACCCUGUGGUCCCCUUUCAACCACACGGUUCCAAAACUCCGCUCUGGCUCGUUCACCCAGCCUCAGGUAACGUCCCCAUCUUUACAGCCCUCGCACGCGCCUUCCAUGACCGUCCAAUCUACGCCUUCCGGGCCCAGGGCACCCGACCUGGCGAACCUCUUUUCACUAGCAUCACCGAGAUGGCCGACACUUAUGCCACCACUCUCCUCCGCUGUCAACCUCAUGGCCCAUAUGCUCUGGCAGGGUACUUGCGCGGCAGCAGUGUCACGUUUGAGAUCGCCAAACGGCUAGAAGCAUCUGGCGCACAAGUCCAGUUUCUGGGGGCGUUAGAUGGACCGCCGGAUAUCGCCCCACUGGUGGGACAUCUAACGUGUUCGGAGGCACUGGUGAUGAUUGGGUACUUUUAUGAGCUGGUUGAGGAGCGAAGAUCUAUUCAACUCAUGUCGGAGCUGAGGGAUCAACCAGGUGAGACUGCAUUGGAUGUUGUUCUUGGUGAGGCAGACCAACGGAGAGUCAAGGCGUUAGGGCUGGAGAAGGGAGAGUUGACGCAUGUCACGGAUGUGACGGCGGGGUUUUGUCGUGCUGCAGGCGGGUAUGCGCCCGGCGGACAGGUUAGAUGUCUGGUGGAUAUCUUUGCAGUGGAGCCAUUGUUGACAGUGACUGAUCAGAGAGAGCUCUGGGUGCGAGAUUACUUAGGCAAAUGGGCGAGUCUAAGUAAGCCGGGGAUGUUGCUGCAUCAGUGCGAAGGACGACAUGCGGAUAUGUUGGGUCGAGAGUUUGUCAAUUCCUUGGCGUUGAUUUUGAGGCGGGUCCUAUCCGAGAGAGGAGUAUAG